CAGUGCACACAGCAGCAUCAGUGGGUUUAGAUUCAUGACAUGGAAACAAAAGUAAUCUACUUCACGGUGAACGGGAGACCGGAGCAGGCGGAGUUCCCGGUUGAUUGUCCGGCUCAGGACGUCAAAGAUCUGUUCCGCUCUGCCGCCGAGGCCGGACCCCAUGACAUCCUGAAACUGUACAACCCUAAAGGCAACAUCAUCAACAUUUCUCCGAGCCUUGAACCCAACAGCCCCAACCUGUGCUACAAGCUGGAGGUGGUGGCUGCCGACUGUAACAGUGAGCUAUUAGGUGCCGAGCUUGCUGGUGCACUAGGAUUUGACCUGUCAUCCAUGGAAAAAAGACUGCAGGGCCUGGAGAAGAAAAUCCUCAUCGAGGCUGGCGAGACGCCUGCAGUUGUGUAUGAGAUGAAGAAGCAGGUGGAUUCAUUCAGAGAGAAACUGGAGAGUGUGGAGCAUCUAAGCUGGCUGGGGCUGUUCAAAGAUCUCUCGGAGGGAACCCACAAGCCCUCACCGUUCUACCACAAAAGGACGCUGCAUAAAACCAGGGAAGAGUGUGAACAUGUGCGGGAAAAGUUCCUGCAUAUGAGCUCUUUGGAGGUAUCUGAGGAAGUGAGGCAGUACCUGAAGACGCCAACCUUUGAUAACUGGCAGUGGGAGGAUGCAGAGAUUAUGGUGCUCCUGCAAGUCAUGUACACAGAUUUAGACUUUAUACCAACCUUCAACAUCGAGCCCGAAGUCUUGCAGCAGUUUCUGUUCGAAAUCUAUCGCAGAUACAACAACAUCCCUUUCCACAACUUUAAACACUGCUUCUGUGUGACCCAGAUGAUGUAUGGUUUGAUCUGGCUGACUGACCUGAGGAGUAAGAUGGACAGCAUUGACCUGCUGAUUAUGCUGACCUCUGCAGUCUGCCACGACCUCGACCACACGGGAUACAACAAUGCCUAUCAGAUAAACGCUCAGACUGAACUCGCUCUGCGCUACAAUGACAUCUCUCCUCUGGAGAACCACCACUGUGCUGUAGCUUUCGAGAUACUGGAGAGGACAGAGAGCAACAUCUUCAGGAAUCUGUCCACGGAUCAGUACAAACGGAUACGAGAGGGGAUCAUCAAAUGCAUUCUGGCCACCGACAUGUCGAGGCACAAUGAGGUUCUCAACAAGUUCAAGUCCAUCCUUCCAGUGUUUGACUUCACCAACAAGGACCACAGAGACGUAGUAAGACUACAGAGCAUCGUGGAAAUUUGGAAGCAUCUAUACAUCUAUUUACUGUUGUUGUUUGUGCAGCUAAUGACGAUCCUGAUCAAAGUGAGCGACAUAUCCAACGAGGCCCGGCCCAUGGAGGUGGCUGAGCCCUGGCUGGAUUGUCUUUUACAGGAAUUCUUCAACCAGAGUGAUGUGGAGAAGUUGGAGGGCCUUCCCGUUACCCCCUUUAUGGACCGGGAUAAAGUUACCAAACCUUCAUCUCAAACAGGCUUCAUCAGAUUUGUUCUUCUGCCUCUUUUCAUCGAGCUGGCCAACCUCUUCCCCUGCCUGGAGCAACACAUUAUUGAUCCCGUCCGGAAAGCUCUCGACUACUACACAAAGAUGGAGAAAGCUCUGGAGACGGAGCAGCAGAACCGGGCUCAGAGCGAGAACGCAGCCAAGAGCAAGGAGGCAGCGGGAGGCCGACAAGACAGCCAGACGGACGCCGGGCCAGACACCUCGGAACCAGAGUCACAGUUAACAUGAAUGAUUUCAUAUCAGUUCACUGUCAUAUUGAUUAUUUGGUGGACUAAACGUCCUGUGAUGUAGUUUCUCUGCAUGCAGCGUUGAUGUAACUAGAAUAGAAUAACAUCACAUUCAACAGAAGUCUAUUUUAAAAUAAAUCUGUUUCUCACAGAAUGUAUUUUAUGAAAGAAACAUUAUUUGCAAAGGAUCAUAACACUGCGUUGUUACUCUGGUGCUGAAGUACCCAUGAAAACACUAUGUUGUAAUGACUGCCGCUGUUGUUUGUUUGUGUGUGUGUGUGUGUGUGUAGGUGUGUGUGCUCUGAGUUGUUCUUGGUCUAGUUUGCAGUUAAUAAAACACACACAGGGAGUUUGCUGUACUGUGUAUUGUUGUCAUUGUUCUAUCUGUAAAAAAAAAAUGGGUUAAAAAGUGCUAAAGACUUGAAAACUGAAAGACGAUAAUUUAAUGCCAAACCAACCAAUCAAGCAAGUGACAUGACCCUAACCACAAAACUGUGUUAGCCAAUCAGAAAUGUUAAUAUCCAGGUUAGCUAAACAUUUGACCUUGACCAUCAUUGCUAGCGCUCAAGAUCAAAGUUGACCUUGAAAAAAAAAAGUCAACAAAUGAUCCAACCAUACAUUAUCUUAUCUGCUUAUCCUUAUCAGGGACACUGAUGGGCUGGUAAAGAAACCAUAUCAAAUAAUAUUUCGAGUCGUAGGUGGUUGCAAUGUUACUAUAACAGGCUGAUGUCAUCAUGUUGGAAUAAGAACACCAUAAAACAUCAAAGUUUUAGUUUGGUUCUCUUGUUUUGCUGUUGUUUAACAGAGACUUUGAAUGAAACAAAUGCCUGAUUAUCAGCAGGUGCAGGAUGCAUUACUGGACACUAGGUGGCACCAUACUGCAGAGCUCAGAAAGAUCAGCUGGGACCAGAAGUUCAGUCAGAGGGAAUCACAGCUUUGUCUCCAACAGGAAGUUCAACUCUUAGCCACCGGUAUCUUUGUUAGAGGCUUCCUUCUCAUCUGCUUUUAAUGUAUAUUCAGUUUGGUGCACUUUCAGAAUGAA